ACAUUACAUGCAUGCACCUCCUGCAGAAAAUUAAGCUCAGAAAAUGGCAUCUUGUUUCCAGCAACCAAGUAUUGAGGAAGACUCGGUGAUAUUCUUCUCAACUUCUAAUUCCCCCGAGGAAUACUCCACCAGCCCCUCCUCUUCUUUCAAUCCCUCACCACCGCCACAACCUCAUCAACAUUCACGAAUAUAUUUUGAACUUUCUGUAAGAAAUCUUUCCUAUACCAUCUGUCCUAACAGGCCAGUAUGCACUUCAUUUUCUCACUUGAUGCAAAAGCCUAAGCCCAUCAACAUACUUAAAUCAGUUUCUUUUGAUGCGAGAGGCUCUGAAAUUCUAGCCGUUGUUGGUCCAAGUGGCACCGGAAAAUCAAGUCUUCUUCGGAUCAUAUCAGGCAGAGUCAAAGAUAAGGAUUUUGAUCCAAAGAGCGUGUUAAUAAAUGGUCGCUGCAUGGCUAGUACAGCUCGGUUGAGGAAGAUAUGUGGAUUUGUCACACAGGAGGAUAAUUUACUUCCUUUACUGACUGUGAAGGAAACACUUAUGUUCAGUGCCAAGUUCAGGCUCAAAGAAAAGAGUUCAAAAGAGAGAGAAGAGAGGGUGGAGAGCUUGAUGCGUGAGCUUGGCCUUUUCCAUGUUGCAAAUAGUUUUGUUGGUGAUGAAGAGAAUAGAGGGAUAUCUGGUGGAGAAAGAAAGAGGGUGUCAAUUGGGGUUGACAUGAUUCAUGAUCCACCAAUUCUACUCCUUGAUGAACCAACUUCAGGCCUAGACAGCACUUCAGCACUUCAAGUGAUCGAGCUGCUUUCAUCAAUGGCAAAAGCAAAGCAAAGGACAGUGGUGUUAUCUAUCCAUCAACCAAGCUAUCGAAUUCUUCAGUACAUUCCCAAUUUCUUAAUCCUGUCUCGUGGUUCGGUUGUGCAUAAUGGCAGCCUGGAAUCACUAGAGGAAACCAUAACCAAGUUGGGAUUCCAAAUUCCAUUGCAGUUGAAUGCUCUGGAGUUUGCAAUGGAAAUUAUCAAUACAUUAGAAGAUGCAAAAUCCAAAAUGUACAUGCCUGCUCUAGAAAAUGAACCAUAUUCCAACUCAAUUUGGCCCCAAGAAGAAAUUGUCCAAAUCCAACAAGGUUCUGAUACCAAAUACUCAGGCUUUUGCUCCUUCUUCAAUUUGUAUGAAAUUAUAUUUCUCUGCUCAAGAUUUUGGAAGGUCAUUUAUAGAACAAAGCAGCUAUUCUUGGCAAGAACAAUGCAAGCCAUUGUUGGAGGCUUUGGGUUAGCCAGUGUAUAUAUCAAGGUGAGGAAGGAUGAAGGAGGGGUUGCUGAACGAUUAGGCCUAUUUGCUUUCAGUCUAAGUUUUCUCCUUUCUUCAACAGUGGAAGCUCUUCCAAUAUACCUUCAGGAGCGGCGUGUUCUGAUGAAGGAAUCUUCAAGAGGAGCCUAUAAUAUCUCCUCUUACAUGAUUGCCAACACCAUUGUCUUUCUGCCUUUCUUGUUUGCUGUGGCUAUGCUUUUCUCCAUCCCUGUGUACUGGAUUGUCGGACUUAAUCCUUCCAUCGCUGCCUUUGCAUUCUUCGUAUUUGUGGUCUGGCUUAUUGUCCUGAUGGCUAGUUCUCUAGUGCUUUUCCUAAGUGCAGUCUCCCCUGACUUCAUUUCAGGAAAUUCUCUCAUCUGCACAGUGCUUGGAGCAUUCUUUCUCUUCUCUGGAUACUUCAUUCCGAAAGAGAACAUCCCCAAAUAUUGGCUGUUCAUGUACUAUGUUUCCCUCUACAGGUAUCCAUUGGAUUCGCUGCUUACAAAUGAGUAUUGGAGUGUGAGAAAUGAGUGUUUCUCUUGGCAGGGUCAGGAUCAUUCCAAGUGUGUGCUUACAGGAAAUGAUGUCUUGAAGAGUAGAGGACUUGACAGGGAUACUAGGUGGAUAAAUGUGGGAAUCAUGUUUGGUUUCUUUGUUUUCUAUCGCGUGCUUUGUUGGAUAAUUCUUGCUAGAAGGGCUUCAAAAACAACAAUAUGAGAUUGUAGAAAUUCUGACAUAAACAUGAAAUAUUCACUUCAGAAUGA